CUCAGUUGAUUUCUCAGAAAACACAGAGAGAGAGAGAGAGAGAGGAAGAGGAAGAAGAUGAUGAUGGUGAUGAUGGGGUUGGGAAAACCCAAAUAAGUUUCUCUCUCUAAAAUUUUCUUCUAGGUUAACCACCGUCGUCUGUCGCCUAAAGUUUGGGUAUUUUUCCGGGCAAAAAUGACCGAUUUCACCAUUUGAAGUCUCGAAAAAUUCUGACUUUGGACUUGAGAUCGUGACCCAAGUCUUCCCUUUUCAUUUUUUUUGGGUGGGUUUUUGUUCUAUAAGUCAGAUUUUACCAGUAUGAAGACUUAAAAUUUCUGGAUUGUUUUCUGGGUCUGUCAAGUGCCAGUUUUCUUGGUAACUUUGGACCUAAAAGGGGGUAUUGGAUUGAAAUUGAAGUAUUCUUUGAAUUUUUCUAUUGGAUUGUUGUGAUUUUUGGAGUUUGAGUAAGUUCAUGUUGGUUUUUUUGUGUGUUUGAGUUUGAUUCUUGAGAGUUUCUAUUAAUAGAAAGUUCUCGCCUUGAUGAUUGAAAUCUGUGAUCAGAGAUAGUCCAAAUUUGCUAAUUCAGUGGACUAAGUUUUACCUCAUAGAUGAAGGACUUUUUGCACUCUUUAGUUUUGUUUUGAAGAUUUUUUUCUUUUUUAUAACCUAGAAGAUUGUUUUUUGUUUUGUUCUAUCAUAACCAUUAUUGAGGAUUGUGGAUUUGUUGGAUUGAAUUUAGUUAUAACUUUUCCUCGUGUGAUUUGCUUUUGCUUGGAAUUGAAGUGAUCAUUUCCUAAUACAGUGGUUGCUGCAACAGGCAGGAACCAUUUGCAACUAGCAAACUCCUUUUUGGGCUUCCCAUUCUUUUGGUCUCAAACUGAGUCUCUGGCUUUCUACUCUUUUUCCCACAAUUCUUUGCCUUCACAGAGAGAGGUGCUGGACCAUCAUCUUUUAGCUUCCUCUAAGUUUGGGUUUGAAAAGGGAAAAAGAAAUGGCAGUCUCUUUCACUCGUUUUUCAUGGUGUUGGUGGGGUGGGAAAGAGAAAGAGCCUGCUAAUAAUGGGUCUUCUCUAAAUUCUUCUUUUGAGUGCGGUUUUGGUGGUCUGAGGGAAUCUGGAACUGUCCAAUUCCCUUCAGUUAUGGGCACGAAAAUGGCCUCGUCUCCGAGAAAGGUUAAGAGGAAGUGGCAGAGUAGAGAAGAGAGGAGGAUUGAUAGGGAGUAUGAUGUUGUUAUUGUGCCAUCGGAUGGUGGAGGCUGUUUGUCAGGGUCUGAAUCCGAUGACUCGGACUGGUCCAUAGGGUGGUUGGAGCCUCAUGGCCCUGGUUUCCAGAGUGAUGAUAAAUCGGAUAAUAGUUUUGCAGUGCUGGUCCCUUGCUACAGCCCUGGUUGCAAGGAGGUGGUGGAGGGUUCUAAUAAUGAGCUUUUGAGUGCCAUCAAGAACCUCCCAGAUGACUUCUCUUCUGAUUGCAAGAACUAUAUGGAACAGUGGCUUUCUUCUCUUCAGAACUUUGACGCCUAAGACUAGCUGAUAAAUCUCAGGAUUGGCCCUAUUUUGAUGAGUUAUUCGUUGUGCGAUCGUUUUUGAAGAAUCAAAUCUGUUACAUAAUUGGGUAAAAGUAGAAAAUAAUUUAGAAUGGGAUAGGCCCUGCAUCAGCGUCCUUCCUAGAAGCGCAGAAGAUUAACAUCCAUCAGACUUAUGAGGAUAAUUAGAAAGCGCCCUUAAUUUUGAAAGAGCUGGGAUGACGCAUCUUGUUUUCCAGCAAUGCUGCAUGCUAAUAGUGUAGCAUCCUUCUACUACUAGGCGCACAUCAUCCAGUGCAAAGAGAAAUGUGAAAUAACCAUGUAGGUUUUUUUUUUUUUUUUUUUUUUUUUUGUAAAUAUGGAUUCUGUGAAUAUGAUCAUAUUUAUGCUCUUA